UCUGUCGUUGAGACUGCGGGUGGAGAAAGCGAACAUGACUCUGGAUCCAGACACGGCCCAUCGCAACCUCAUCGUGUCUGCGGAUCGGAGAAGUGUGAGAUGGGGAGACACACGGCAGGCUCUGCCCAACAACCCUGAGAGAUUUGACACUGAGUUCUGUGUGCUGGGCUGUGCGGGAUUCACCUCGGGCAGACAUUACUGGGAGGUGGAGGUGGAGGGCGGGGGACUCUGGUCUGUGGGGGUGGCCCGAGAGUCUGUGAGCAGGAAGGGAGAGAUCAGCGUUAACCCUGAGCAGGGGAUCUGGGCUGUGCAGUGCUGGGAGGAUCAGUACUGGGCUCUCACGUCCCCUCAGCAGCUCAUCCCCUUCUCCCCGAGCCGGGCACUCCGCAGGAUCUGGGUUUAUCUGGACUAUGAAGGGGGGCAGGUGACGUUUUUCGAUGCUGGUCAUGGGGACCCGAUCUUCACUUUCCCGACGGCCUCUUUCGCCAGGGAGAGAAUCCGCCCGUUCUUCUGGGUGGGUCUUGCGGGAAACUCUUCUGUGCUCGGUUCCAAGCACUAUUUCGCUCUCCUGGACCAAUGCUCCCACCUCACACUGUGUCCGUGAGGUGCCCUGUCUGUGCCCAUGUAACAGGCUCCUGUAGCCCCAACCCUCCUUAUCUCUAUGACCUGGAGGAUUCAGCCAGUCUCCUGCCACACAGACAGAGCUGAAGGGGAGUGAUGCUCUACCCAUAGCUCGAGGGCUGUGUGAGGCGCUCUAGGCUGGGUCUCUAUGCUCCUAGGAGGCCAGCUGAGGGCUUGGCUACACUCGGGACUUCACAGCGCUGCCGCGCGAGUGUAGUUGCGCCGCCAGCGCUCCG